CCACAGGGAGGGAGUGACUGGGGGAGUUGACUUGACGUGAAGCAGCAGCAACUGCAUAACAAAAUUCUGUUUUGGCUUGUUCAGUAACUUCAGGGCUCGUCUUACCUUUUAAGUUUUGUUUGUAAAUAAGUGUUUAACUUUAUUGCACUUUCCUUAUAACAUAAUCUAUUGUAACGGAAUUGUAGGAUCGAGACUGCACAACACCGUGCAACUCUUAAAUAUUUCUACAAGCAAUUAUUUAUUGACGACAUGAGGGGGAGUUCGUCGUACGGAGACCGAGAUAGAGACCGUGGACGAGACAGAGGGCCUCGGUUUGGGUCCAGUAGCUGGGGCGGCCCUCCCCCUAUGAAGAAGUUUGGGAACCCUGGAGAACGCCUUCGCAAGAAGAAGUGGGAUCUGGACGAGCUGCCCAAGUUUGAGAAGAACUUCUACAAUGAGCACCCAGAGCUGCAGCGCAUGACUCAGUAUGACAUAGAUGAGUUCCGCAGGAGGAAGGAGAUCACAGUCAGAGGUACUGGCUGCCCCAGGGCCAUCACCGGCUUCCACCAAGCACAGUUUCCCCAGUAUGUAAUGGAUGUGCUACUGAGUCAGGACUUCAAGGAGCCCACAUCCAUCCAGUCACAGGGCUUCCCUCUGGCCCUGAGUGGCAGGGACAUGGUGGGCAUCGCUCAGACUGGCUCCGGCAAGACCCUGGCAUAUCUGCUUCCUGCCAUUGUGCACAUCAACCAUCAGCCCUAUCUAGAGAGGGGAGACGGACCUAUU